AUGGCGUUGAUGACAUCCGACCAAUAUCCGGAUGUGAGUAAAGUUCAAGACCAGUUCACAGCCUACUACACGGUCCAUGGCGCUGCUCUGGGAUUCACCAAUCUUGCCUUCACAGCGGCCUCCAAGACUGGCCUACCGGUCUCAAGCAAAGUCAGGGACAUCCAGGUUUUCCCACCACUUCAACUGUCGCCUAGAAACAUUACCCUAAUGGUUGGUGCGGAAUUUCAGGUGCGGAGUACCGGUGGCCCUCAGCCCCAGUCUCAGAUCGAGUACAGCAUGGGCGAUUGGCAGAUUGCCAACAUUGCCUCUAGUGGACUCUUGAGGGCGCAGUCUCUUGGUCACAGCAGGGUUGUAGGCAAGGCGGUGGGCUACGACCCAGAAACUGGCUCUACUGUGGUCUAUUCUCAGGACACAAUUGACGUCUACGUCAUACGCCUGAACGGCAUCAAGAUCCACGCGCCACUCCUGCGACUAGAGACCAACACCGAGAUGCCGGUGUACGCGAUAGGUACCAACGAGUACGAGACACCAUUCACCUUCGGCAACGUCAUUCCGGGGCUGGACUUCUUCUGGACGGUGACCAAUAAGGACGUCGUGCGGGUGGAGCCCGUGUUUGAAAGGCAAGGGGUGUCGAGCAACGCAGAGCACAACGUGGCCAUGAGAGUCCACACCCUGAACCCAGGGGAAGCCUCCCUCAAACUCCAAGCCAUCUUCAACCCCAACAUGGCGUCCCAGGCCCGGUCCACCAAAUUACUGAUUGAUGAGAUCCAACUACAGGUGUUUGAGAGACUUGAGCUCAUUUCUAACUGCCACACCAACCUCCUCAUGACCCCAGACACCCAGGCCCCGAUCAGGACCAACCGGGACGGCUCGGCACGCAUGUCCUACUCAGUCUUGUACCCUGACUACGAGCCCCUGAUCAGUGUGAGUCGGCAGGGGUUGGUGUCUGCUGGGUCGCGGACUGGGCAGACUACUGUGCUGGUCACGGCGUAUGAGAAUUUUGGCGUCAACCAGACACUGUCAGUGUUGGUCACGGUCAAGCCAGUGUCCUACAUGGCCAUCCAUUCCACCAGUAAUCUCCUGACCAGCCGUGGGGAGAAGCUGGCCGUCUUCCCUGUAGGCAUCGGCCUGUCCUUCGCUGUGGCCUUCUAUGAUAACGUCGGGGAACGGUUCCAGGCUACGAACACUGUGCUGGAGCACAGACUCAGCAGGUUUGAUCUCCUUCGACUGCAAGCGGGUUCCGACAAUGGCACUUUUGUGGCCCGUCCUGCACACAUUGGCAGCACUAUAUUCAAGGUCUGGGACAAGAACAGCCCCUGGAUUGAGGACUACGUGAACAUCCCCGUGGGCAGCGUGGUACAGCCCAGCCGGACAUUUGUUGUUGGGGACGUCAUAUGCUUCAGGUCGCCUCUACUCACUGUUGAGGGUCAGAGAGGCUCCUGGAGAUCCACCAGCAGCUCCGUGCUUCAGUUGGACAGCAGCAGCGGCAUUGCCAUGGCAACCAGACCAGGGCAGACGACCCUCCACCAUGACAUUUCCACCAGCGUGGCCACGCAUUCAGAGAUCAGCGUUGUGCCAAUCAACAAGAUCACUCUUGAGAAAGAGGCUGUGCAGUUUUUUACUACAGUGCCCCGGGAAGGAGGUUACGAGAUACCAGUGACCUUGAACUCGGAGCUGAGUCUGAAAGGUGAUAACUGCAGCAGUGUGCUACCUAGCCUGGGGCAGGAGCUGCCGUCCCCACCCAUCAUGUGCCAGCUAGGCUUCAAGGAUCGAGGAGUCCGGGUCCAGGCUAGUGAGCUGUUCCACGCCUUCCCAGGAUUCAAUGCUCAGACUGGUCGAUAUUUCUGCGGCGUCACCCAGCUCCAGUCCAAGCACACGCCUAGCUACCUAGCCACCCUCAAGGCCGACCUGACCCUGCUUGCCAUCGCACGCUCCGUCCCAGGUCAACCUGAGGUCAGGUCAGAGGUCGCAACCUUUGCCUUCCACCCACCGGCGCACGUUCACCCGCUGCAUCUGUCACUAGGCUUAGCUCAGAAGGACGCUACCAUUAUCGUGGAGGGGGUGGAGGCCACCUUGAAAGCACUGAGGGUCUCGGUAGCCGACACCCAGCUCAUCAAGGUCAGUGAUCCCUACAGCAUCAACGCCAACACCUUACACUACCCGGUCCACUUGGUGGAGUCGUCCCAGCGCCAGUUUGGCUCGGUCGUCACGACGACGGAGGUGGAGCUGUACGACAGCCUGACGGGUCAGAGGCAGGCCAUACCGGUGGGGGUCAACCUGGUGCCCCUGGUGGAACAGCCCUCACCUGAGCCCCAGUUGACUGGAUGGGCCCGUGUGCUACAAGUCAUCUUCAGUAGUUACCCGUACUGGAUUCUGCUGCUCAUAGUGAUUCUUGCUGUUGCCGGCAUUGUGCUUAUAUGUUACCAUCUCGUCCUGGCCCCCCGCUACUACACGAUGCCACCAAACUCCGGAGUCUUUCUACGUACCCCACCCCCGGGGGCUCCCCCACCGUAUUUGUCACAGUCACCUGCCUACCAGCAAAGCCCCUACCAGUCAGCCUUCGACACUUCCCUAAGACACCGCUCUACGCAACAGCAACGCUCCCCGACCAAACUAUGGAGCACAGCGUACAGCCCUCAAGAAGGCACAAGCCCACAGUAUUAAUGCUGGGAAAUAUACAGGUGGAUAAAAAAAACCGAAACCGGGAUAUUAUUGCUAAUUGUAACAGAAGUAGGGCCCAUGUGAAUCAACGGGAGAUAUCCUCUGCUAGGGUU